AUGGAUGAUUUUCAAGCAAGAGGAUCAGGAUGGGUCCUAAGUAAAAUUAAUAAUUUAGAGCUCAGAAUUAAUAAAUAUAAUCCACUUAGAGGCUCAUCCUAUAUUGAAUUACCAGAUAAAAUUAAGAACAAAAAAGCAAUAAUAAAUGUAAAGAAUGAAGAUAAUAUAUGUUUCAUGUGGUCAAUUUUAUCUGCUAUACAUCCAGUAGAUAAAGAUCCACAAAGAGUUUUAAAAUAUAGAGAAUUUAAAAAUGAACUAAAUUUUAAAGGAAUAGAAUUUCCAGUUGCAUUAACGGAUAUAACUAAAUUUGAAAAAUUGAAUAAUAUAUCCGUAAAUGUUUAUGGAUAUGAGCAAUCAAUUGUAACAUUAAGAAUUACAGAUAAUAAAAGAGAAAAACAUGUAAAUUUAUUUUAUAUUCAAGAUAAAGAUAACGGUCAUUACUGUUGGAUUAAAAAUUUAUCUAGACUGAUUAGAAAUCAAAUAUCAAAUAAUAAAAAAAGAAUUUAUCCAUGUGAAAGAUGUUUAACUUAUUAUUAUUCAGCAGAAAAAUUAAAAACUCAUGAAAUUGAUUGCAAAGAUUUUGAAUGUUUGACUAGAAAAAUAGAUACCUGUCAACCAGACGAAUCAAAAUCUUACACUCUCAAAUACCAAAAACAUGAACCCAUGAGUUUUAGUUAUCAUAUCAAAUAUGAACAUGGAGAAUAUAAAGCACCUGUUGUAUAUAGAGGACCAGAUGCAGUAGCUAAAUUUUAUGAAUGUCAUAUUUGUAAUAAGCCCAUUAUCACUUGGGAUAAUUAUAAAAAAUAUGGUGAAAAUCCAGUAAAUAUGGAAGGUAAAAAGGUCAGAGAUCAUGAUCAUUUGACCGGUUUAUAUAGAGGUCCAGCUCAUGAAACUUGUAAUUUAUGUUAUCAAAAUCCAAAAUUUGUUCCAGUAUUUAUUCAUAAUUUAGCUGGUUACGAUGCCCAUCUUUUUAUUAAGGGAUUGGGAUAUGAUGAAGAAGAUAUUGAUAAAGAGCAAUAUAGAGAGACUGCUAAAUAUAUUCCAAAACAUUUAUUAAAUUUAGUAAUUAGAAAAGGUGUUUAUCCUUAUGAUUAUAUGGAUACAUGGGAAAAAUGUAAUGAAACACAAUUGCCUUCCAAAGAAGAAUUUUAUAGCAAAUUGAAUGAAAAUUUAUAUGUUAAAACAGAUGUAUUAAUUUUAACGGAUAUAAUUGAAAAUUUUAGAGACGUAUGCCUCAAAACAUAUAAAUUAGAUCCCUGUUGGUACUAUACAGCACCAGGGCUAGCUUGGGACGCUAUGCUCAAGAUAACUGAGGUAAAUUUAGAUUUAUUAACUGAUUAUGAUAUGAUUUUAAUGCUUGAAAAAGGAACCAGAGGUGGUAUAUCUCAAUGUUGUAACCGUUACGCCAAAGCAAAUAAUAAGUAUAUGAAGGAUUAUAAUAAAGAUAAAGAAUCAAAUUAUUUAAUGUAUCUAGAUGCCAAUAAUUUAUACGGAUGGGCAAUGAGUCAGUACUUGCCCUAUGGUGAUUUCAAAUGGUCACAAAUCAAUAUAGACGUGACUCAAAUUCCAGAUGAUUCAGAUACUGGAUAUAUAUUGGAAGUGGGAUUUGAAAUAUUCAAAGAAAUUACAUAA